AAAGAACUUCCGGACUCAGCGCACGUUUUCCUUCCGCGGUAUUGUGAAAACGACCAAACGACGAACAUCCAAGCAAACGGGUCGGCUUUAAUAAAAUACAUUCAAAAUGAGCAAAGCACAUCCUCCAGAGUUGAAGAAGUUCAUGGACAAGAAGCUUUCAUUGAAGUUGAAUGGAGGCAGGCAUGUGCAGGGCAUCCUGCGAGGGUUCGACCCCUUUAUGAACCUGGUGGUGGAUGACUCUCUGGAGUUUGGCCCAGGAGGACAACAGAACACCAUUGGCAUGGUGGUCAUCAGGGGAAACAGCAUCAUCAUGUUGGAGGCCUUGGAGAGAGUAUGAGAGAAGAAAGUGAUCCACACUUUUUUUUUUUUUUUACAUUGUUAUUUUGUUUUUAGUUUGAAAGAGGCAAAUAUCUUUUGUCUUUGAAUUGUAACUGGUCUAUCUGAUUUCCAUUGACAUGGAUGUUUUGUUUGGACAUAUUUUGAAUUGCUUAAUCUUGUGAAUAAAUCAGUUUUUUCUUUGUA